UGCGUACGGCGGACUGAGUGUGUGGCCGUGCAAAGGAAGGAGCUGCAGGCAGUAGUGUGAUCAUGGUUUUCUCAGUCUCAUACUCAUCCCUGUCUGCCUUCACCGCCGCCCAUGACUCCGGUUUCAACUAGCGAGAGGUAGCAUUUGCAAUUAUGGAGGCUUAAAGAAGGAAGAAUUUAUAGGGGAGCUUCCCUUCCCCUGUGGUGGUUGGCUUCAAAGGAACAAUAUUUAGGAGAGUGCAAUGGAUAUAUUUUGACUGGAAGUUUACAACAAUUUUUAUUUUCCACAGAUUUAACUAAAUUUCUAUUUUUGAUUAUUUAAUUGCAACAGAGAGCCAUAGUAUAUAUAAAGUUUUAUAAUAUAAAAAAGCAGUAUUUUGCUGCUUCCAUGUACUGAGCUAAUGUAACUAAGAGUGCAGAAUUGCUAGAGUGCGGUGUUUUUAAUGACACAAGCACAAAUCUAGUGCUCUGGAGGUUUCUAGGCAUCAAGUUCCAUUAGCCUUAAGAUUUUUUUAAAGACUGGAUUGUGAAGACAGGAUGAAUUCUAUGAUUGCUGACUGCACUCCAAAAUGCCGAUCUUUGCAGCAUGCGCUCGAUGUGACUUCAGUGAUGACGAAGGGAACUGAAGGCCAGAAUAAGGUCUUCCUUUCAUCUUAUUGCUACAAUGCAGCUUCCCUAAAGGAUAGCUUUGGUAGAACUGUUCUACACAUGGCUGCUUCUUGUGGUAAAAGGUCAGUUUUGGGUUGGCUCCUUGAGAGAAAAGGGGCUGAUCCUUCUGCGAAGGAUAAAGAAUCUGGAUGGACAGCUCUGCAUAGAAGUAUCUUCUAUGGGCACAUUGAUUGUGCUAUGUUUCUUCUGAAGCAUGGUGGGAGUAGCCUUUAUCUGCAGGAUAAGGAAGGGUUAUGUACGCUCGACUUGGCCAUGAAAGAUCGACCAUCAUAUGUGAUUUAUAGAAAGACUGAUCCUACUGAAGUCUAUACAUGGGGUAACAACACUAAUUUUACUCUUGGUCAUGGAAACCAACAAAGUAAACAUCACCCUGAGCUUCUAGAUUACUUCUCAAGAUCAGGGACAUAUAUUAAGCAGGUUGUGCUUUGCAAGUUCCAUUCUGUGUUCCUCUCCCAGAAAGGUCAAGUGUAUACUUGCGGUCAUGGUCAGGGAGGGCGCCUUGGGCAUGGAGAUGAACAAACGUACCUUGUUCCCCGAAUGGUGGAAGGAUUAGCAAGCCACCGUUGUUCUUGGGUGGCAGCUGCAAAGGAUCAUACCGUUGUAUUGACAGAAGAUGGAUCUGUAUAUGCUUUUGGACUGAAUACUUAUAAUCAGCUAGGCCUCGUACCUCCCCCUGCCAGCAGUAGCUUACCAAGACAGGUACAACCCAAAAACCUUAAAGGAAGAACUGUGAUCGGCGUUGCUGUGGGGAGGUUUCACACUGUUCUGUGGACAAAGGAUGCUCUGUAUACCAUGGGCCUUAAUGGUGGUCACCUUGGUUACUUAAUGGAUCCUAACGGGGAACGUUGUGUGCUUGUACCUCGUCAAGUAUCUGCUUUGCAUCAUAAGGAUGUAGUGAUCUCUCUAGUAGCAGCAAGUGAUGGGGCCACAGUCUGUGUUACAGAAAGAGGAGAUGUUUACCUGUUAACAGGCUAUCAGUGCAAAAAGAUUGCUUCAAGGCAAUUAAACUUGAAGAAAGUUCUCGUUACUGGUGGAUAUCUGGACCACAAGGUUGAUCCACAGGUACUUCAUGAAGGAGGAGGUGAUAAAGUUUGUAUCCUGGCUCUGGACGAGGCAGGCAGGGUUUUUUGUUGGAGAUCAUCAAACUGCUUAUUUAAACAGUGUCGUUGGGCAUAUGGGCGACAGGUUUUCAUGUCUGACAUUGCUUUGAGCAAGAAUGGGAUGAUUUUUGUUACACAAGAUGGAGACGGGUUUACAGGAAGCUGGGCUGUAUCAAGAAUGAAGAAUUUGGAAAAGAAAGAUGAAUACUCCUGUAUUCUUCAGAAUCCUAUGGAUCAAAUAAGUAACACUGCGGAAUUGGGUAGCAGCUUGUAUGAAAGGAUAAAACUUGAGAAACUUCCAUGUGUUCAUCGUGCUGUUUCUGUUGCCACUGAUUCAAAUGGACGCACCUUUGCUAUUUUACAGUCUGAUCCUAAAACUAGCCUCUAUGAAAUUCCAAAUGCAUCAUCUUCAAGUUUUACUGAAGACUUUGGCAAACUUCUCAGGGAAGCCAGUGAAACUGACAACAUCCAUGACGUCACAUGUCAAGUUGGCAAUCAAAUUUUUCCCAGUCAUAAGUACAUCCUGGCCAUGAGAUGUGACUACUUUCGAAAGCUUUUCUUUCCUGAUGGAGAACUCAUUGGGACGCUUGAUGCCCAUUUACAAGGUGAUGAUGCAGUGGGAUGUGACUUGUACGUUCUGGAUAAGAUUCAGGCCGACUUGUUUGCCUAUAUUUUGCAGUUCAUAUAUACAGACACCUGCGAUUUGCUAACUGAUGGCUACAAACCAAAAAUUCAAUUCAGAGAUAAAAUAGAAACUUAUCAAGAUCCACUGAUAUCCAAAUUGGAGGGCUCUGUACAGAAAUUAAACUUUUGUGAAGAUAUAAAGGGAAAAUCUGCAUCCGAGGUUUAUGAAAACCAGAAGAGUCAGAAAUUAAAGUCGAAAAAUAAAACCAGCAAAAAGAAUAAAGGGCUCAAUGAAGACACGAAUCCAGUUAAGAUGUUGCAGGCUACUGCAAAAAAACUUGGUCUUUCCAGUCUAUCAGCAAGGCUAGAUGGGGUUAAACUGGAAAAUUGGAAGAUAAAAGUUGUGCACAAAAUAAGUGCAAACAAAUUGAAAUUUGUUCAGAAAAAAUGUUCCUAUUUGAGUGAUGUAACUCUGAAGUCAGAAGAUGGAAAGGAGUUUGUCUGCCAUAAAUGUGUGCUGUGUGCCAGACUUGAGUACUUUCACAGUAUGCUGAGUAACGCCUGGAUUGAGGCCUCAACAUGCACAGCAUUGGAGAUGCCCAUCCAUUCUGAUAUUUUGGAAGUUAUUUUGGAUUAUAUUUAUACAGAUGAAGCUCCAACUGUUAAAGAUUCGCAAGAUGUUGAGUUUAUUUGUAACGUGCUUGUGGUGGCCGAUCAAUUUCUUAUCAGACGUCUCAAGGAAAUUUGUGAAGUGGCCAUUACUGAAAAAUUAACUUUGAAAAAUGCUUCCGAACUCUUGGAGUUUGCUGCAAUGUACAACGCUGAACAAUUAAAAGUGUCCAGUCUACAAUUCAUAUGUCUAAAUAUGCCAGCUUUGCUUGAAACAAGAUCUCUAGAUAUUCUCAGUGAUGAAGUGCUGAAGGAACUGUCAAUUGCUUAUCGAAAUAUGAUUCCAGCAAUGCAAAAAAGAAUUAUCACUCCCUAUCCAGAUGGUCCGGAUAUUAGUUUUCUGGGUGAAUGGAUUGAUGACGACUGUGUAACCAGUGAAAAUAAAUUGGACAUCGAUCAGUCUUCCAAAGAAAAGCUUCUCAAAAAGGCAAAAGCAAAGGCAAAGAAGAAACCAAGACGACGAUCUGAUAGUUCGGGAGGAUAUCAUUUAUCUGAUCUCAUUCAGAGCCCAACUUCAGCAGAUUUUAUAAGACCAACUAAAACCAAUUCAGUGGAAUCCCUGCAAGAACUGUUGAUGUCUGAUUCUGAAGGCAGCUAUGCUGGUGGAGUAGCCAGCCCCCGAGAAUUAGCUUCACCUGACUUUGCAGCUGGAUUUUGCCUGGAGAAAUCAGAGGUUGAUGAGGGAAUCAAUAUUUCAGACAGAAAAUAUCCAGCUGAAGAGGCAAAAAUGAGUGACAAAAUAUUGCCUUCUAAGAAGGAGUCAAAUCCAAAAUUCUGUCUUGGAUCUAGCUGUAGUAAUGCUACAGGGUGGACAACUUGUUCUCUGAGUCCUGCAAGACCUCCCACUGUAGGCCUACGAGCAAUAAUGGAAAUGGAGGAAAAUAUGCAAAAAUGUGUCAGUGCGCCAAAGACUAAUGCAGGUGGGAAUAAAUUAUUGUGCCAUGGAGGAAAGCUCUCUCAGAAACAAAGGAAGAUGAUUGCAAUGGCUGCUAAAGAGCCAAGCACAAACAGCAGACUGGACAACCCUCCCUUGAAAUCAAGCCUAACUGCACAAUUAACCCCAUCUAAGAUGGGAAGUGCUUGGGCUACUCCAUUCAUUGGGUUCUCCUCUCCAAAAUCAUUCCGUGACCUAUUGGUAGAAGAGAAGUCAUCAGAAAGACCAGGUGAUUCCCUGCUUUCCAGCUCAUGGGAAUACAGUUCUAAAGAAGAAGAGCACCAUAACAAAUAUGAGCAACCAAUCAGCAGUCCUUGGUUAACGACGGUUACCAAAAGCCAACCAACAAUGACUCCAAUUACUUUUGCGGCUAUUGUGGAAGAGGAACGUCAGCAAGAGGCUGCACUUGUGAAGAGCAGGGAGAAGCCACUGGCGUUGAUUCAGAUUGAGGAAUGUGCUAUCCAGGAAUUAUUAAUCCACUAUCAAGCCUUUGACAACCCUGAAGAAUUCAUUAUAAUUGAUAGAUCACCACAAGGGCCCAUGGCAACCCCAGUAUGGAGUAAACAUUGAUUCUUGCCUCUUUUUGUUUAGAACUAUCAAUAUUAUAUAGUCAUAAAGUUAAAUUGGUCUGUGCUUGAUUUGUGGAAAAAAGCUACAUUUACAAAAGAGUUAAAGUGUGCCUCUUUGUUAAGUACUGCAGGAGAUCAUUUGCUGUGUUUAAUCUUAAUUGCUAUUAUAAUGUUUAUUGUGCUAGAUUAUAUUUUUCAUCUGGAUUAUAAAGGUCUUUACACUAACAUAUAAUGUGAAGCACUGAUCAAAUAUUGAUAGCUCCACUUCCCCAGCACAAAUGUUUUCAUACACACAAUUUAAAGUGUACCUUAUGUUGCCACAUUGCAAAAUCAGUGGCAGAGAAUUCUGAACUGAAUGGUGGGUAAAUUAUUGGGCACAAACUACAGAAUGUUGAGUCAGUGAGAAGGAGGUAGCAGUUAUUUCACAGUGAUAGUAGUAAGGGGAGCUCCUGCCCUAUUAUUUUGGAUUCUUGGCUAGCUGCAGCUCCUGUAUUACAAUUGCAGUUUGCAAUUGCAAUAAAUUUCCUUGGUUGCUGACUCCUGAUUUCACUUAUGCUGUUAAUAGUUUUGCUUGGUUGCUUAUUCAUACUGGUCAAAACGAUAGCCGCGUUCUCAAAACAGUUGAUACCAUCACAAAAUACUCAUUCUCACUGUCAAAACAAUAAAUACGAUGAAUAAUUCAAUUAAAACAGUAGCACGCAUUACACCACUAACACAAAUAAGCAAUCACCAGAACAUCACUGGCAAAACACUGAUCAUCCUUCUCACUGAGUCAUAACAUGAACAGUGUAGUCAGUCGUACAGUGUGAUGUUUGUUACUUUGUAGAAUUCCAGAGGUCAGGACAUUUAGUCCAUUACUGUAAAUAUAACGAUUACAACUCCAAUCACAAAUGAGGACAUUGAAGGACCAACGGAAUGAUUACAGUAUUCACUGUAAUCUCAGCAGUUCACUAUCUGUUAUUACAUGAAAGUUGAAGAUAAAAUUGCUGUCAUCUUUAGGGGGAGAAAACAUAGUGAUGAUGGCAUCCCUCUGUCUCAAAGGACAAUGGACAAGUCUGGGUGGAAGGUAUGUAGAUCUUGAGAUACCUAGUCAUCAAGAUCCCCCUCUCAGCCUCACCGGUGUACUCCAAAGGAAAGCAAAGCAAUUUGCUUGGCACCCGCUUGGCUGCAAGAGCUGCUAGAAGGAUGUUCAGCAAUGUCCAGCCACCUUGGGGACUACACUCUGGAUUUUCUAUCUUGGUUUACUCCUGUAGCCUUUGUCUCUCUUCCGAGGCUGCCCACAAAGCAGUGGGGCUAUUUGACCAUAGCUGGGGAUCUGGUUCAUGAGCACCAGGAUGUGUCUACAUGCCGGUGGGCCUGUGUUCUACGUGUGCAGGGGCCAGACCUCCUCCCUGUCCUCUGUAGUUCAACCUGAGUCUGAAGGGUAUUCAGUUUCCAUGUGUUGCCAGCAAGAUGGCUGUACAUGAGGCUUGCUGUAGGAGAGGCUAUGUUCUGCCAGGGAGAGACUUUCACAUUCAUCUCUCCUUUUUGCAAGACUGCUAGCCAGCGGUGGAAGCUGAAAGCGAGAGCGACAAGCACUACCCACUACACUACCAUACUAGGUGCGUCACACAGCCAUACAUCUCCGAUAACACAUGCAGUGCAAUAAUGUUCACGUCUGAUAUAUUCUGUCCCUAAUGUUAAACCACAUCUUUUCAUCGGCAUCACAGAGAAUAUGCUUCCUCGCGAUGCAGUGGGGGAAAUACCUGCUCCAGCCCUGGUUUUUUGACAUGGUGAUUGUAUGUCAUAGUGCCCAUUAGCAGUAUUUGAUGAUAAGGAUGCUUGUCAUGGACCUUCCAUCUCUGGGGGAGGAAAAAAAAACUCUACAGUAAGUUUGAGAAAUGGGAGUAUGGUGGAAGGAAUUCCACGCUCGUGCGUAGAUGAGCUUGAAACCACUGCAAGUGAGUGGUGGAAAGAUACAUUGUCCCAUAUGAUGACAUUGUGGGCCAUUGAUCUUGACGUCUUGUUCCUCCUCGGACAAUAAGAGUUACCUGUAAAGCACAUGGAAUGUGCUUGGAAAGGAAUCUGAUAUGGUGUGGGAUGUUACAUGGCCUAAUCAUUGGGAGAUAUGCUAGAACAGCAGUGUCUAGUAUGGCUGCACACAUGGUAAUGUUUGAACCUCUGUCAUUUUCCUGGACUGUCGUUCUUUGCCUCGCACCAUUCCUUCCUUGCUGCUUGUCUUGGACGUACAGUAUUGAAGCCAGCUUCAUCAAUGUGGAUGAAUUUGUGUAGCAUCACAUUGGACUCUAGUUCUAUUAUCCUCUGUAAUUGCAACAGAGAAGAUGGAAAGUGAAAGACAUAGAAGAGUGAAAAGGAAUGAAGUACUUUGUAAAGCCCACAUGUACAAUGCUGACAACAUAUCUGUACACACAGUACAGAUACCUCAGUUCCUUAACCCUGUCACUGUUUCUAUCAAAGGGCACUACGUAGGUAUGUUUCAGUUCGAUGUGGUGACAUUCCAACACUAUAAAUUGUCAAUAUACUGACAAUAUUUGAGAAGAUGAUAAAGUCUGCAAUUACAGCUGUCUGUAUUUCAUGCAAGUGUAUGGCAUUGUUCAUUAACACCAUCUGAACAAUUGUUGCUUCUUGUUAAGCUUCGAACACCUUGGCUUGCCCGUCCGCCUGAGGUAGUCUUGCAAUUCUAAGAUAUAUUUCAAAUGAGUGCGUUUACUGUAGCGCAUUAUUUGUGGGGGGAAAAAAUGGGUGUCAAAUGCAUUUGUGUAACAUACAUUUGCGAUGUGAUUUCUUACCAGAUUCUCAUUCCUGAGUGUAGGGAUAAUUGAUACCACACAUGAACAUGACACAUUAGCUGCACUUUUAGACCAGCCUCACUCAUGGACAGGCCAUGAUUUAGGACAUAGUCAACAAUAGCUGCUCAUAUGUCAUUAGAGAUCUCUGUUCUUCCCACCUCUCUCCCAUUGGCUCUUUCACCAUGCAUCUGAACUCAUCCCCAUCCCCAUCAAGCUUGUGGAUAUUCUCUCCUUUUGUUUUACAUGUUCAAAUAAACCUACAGGAACUCCAACCAUGUGCGUCAGUGGGCUGAUUGGUGUAUCAACAGAUUUGCAAUGAUAGCUUAAUUCCUUGCAAAGUGGAACCACUUUGAGUCAACGAUUUGGCAUUGAUUGCUGUCAGCUGGGGGCAUUUGAUUAUGUUUUGCUUGACCUGAUACUUCCAAUUGAUUUUUGUGCCUUCUGAUGUUACUAGUGUUUUGCAAAAGCUUCGUUAGCAAUUGAGAUCUGUGUACAUGCAGUAAGAAAUGGUUGACUGUUGUGCUGAAGUGGUAACUGUUUUGCUCAGAUGGAGUUUAGAAUUGACCACGUGCACUGCAGACUUGAUCAGAAGUGUCUAGGCAACUGAGAAAGCUAUUUGUUAGGAGAUCAGGUGCCUGAUAACAGGGAAAUUUAAAUUUGUGGGAAAAUGAAUUCAUUCACAUUUGAUAAUUAACUACAAACAAUGUUGAAGUUUUACAAGAUGUCACCCAGUCUCUGGAAGCUCUUGGUCACUACUGUUUAUGAUGGUUUUCAACUUGUGCAUAAUUAAUAAAUUGCUAUGAUUAUUUUUAAUAACUUCAAUUUUUGUUAGUUUCACAAAGAAUGCAAUUUAUUAUAAAAAGAAAAGCACAAAAAAACUCAUUUGUGGCACAUUAUUCUUCCUUUCAUAGUUGUUUUAAACCUAAGUAAAUUAAACUCCCGUUCCCUAUUGCUGACACCAAGGUUGCUUUUACCAUUUUAGGCCUGGAUACAGGGAUGUUGGCAGCUUAGCUUGACUGUGUUCAGACUUGAGGUUGCAGCCUUUUUGACAGUAAUGGAUGCUACUUACAUUUGGCAAGCAGAGUGUGUGAGUGCUUAAGAAACUCCUACUUAAGAACAAACCGUGAUGCACAUGGCUUUUAAUUGAACUUAAUAGGAUCUGAUUGCAGUUGUCUAAAUGGAGACAUUACUGUUAGGUGUUGUAUAUUAAAAUGUUACCAGUCCAUUGUAGUUCAACUGUUGUGUUGGUUUUUAGAAGUGCUGAAAUAAACUUCUAAUGGAAAAUAUGUUUAUAUAAAAAUGAUCUGAUGAAGAAUGAUUUUUUUUUCCUGCUGUUGCUAAUUUGUGAACUUUUAAGCUUGCACUGCUUUGAAAGUUAUAAUUUAUAUUUAUGCAUUCAAUGAAAAUGAGAGUGAGUUUCAAAUUGUCCAGUAGGUUUGAACAUUACUGUAAGAUUAUAAGAGGACUUAAAUUGGUAUGCUAUCUAGGACUCCCACAAUAUACAUCAUUUUGAAGCAAUGCAGGUAUUUUGUGGUUUUGUGUUUGACAGAUAUUACCCUAAUUGUGUAGUUACUCAUGCAUGAUUUGUUUGUUAAUUUAUUUGUAUUUGCACAAAUGAGGUUGGAGCUGUUGACUUCCCUGUACUAUUAACAAAAAUAAUGUGAUUUUGGCUCUGCCAAGUAAAAUGUUUGCUCUUCCUAAUUGUCCAUUUGCAGAUUAAGCAUCUCCAAUUAUAAGAAGAAUCAUUGCACAAAAAUGCCUUAAUGGCACUUGGAAAGGGGUAAGGGCAAAUAAAUAUAAUUCUUAAGAUGCAGUGUUCAUGAUCCUUGAGUCUACAUUAAAACAGAAUCUUGUAAAUGGGGUUUAACCAUGAUGGAUGGCAAGCUGAUGCAACAAAAGCAAUAAACAUCCAC